UCCAGCUAAAGAUAUCCAACUACAAACAUGUUCGCAAAGGUUGUCAUUUUCUGCGCUGCUCUUGCCGCUUCCCACGCCUCUUUCGUUGGACCAUUGGGCCUCGGGGCUCCUGUCCUAGCCGCUGGGCCUCUGGGUUAUGGAAAGGGACUGAUUGCAGCUCCUGCAGUAGCCACCGUAUCCAGCCAGCGAACCGCAAUUAACCAUGUAGCCCCUGCUGCACCCGUUGCCGCUGUUGCUCCUCUUGGUUAUGCUACUCCAAUUGUCGGUGGUCCCAUUCUGGCUGCCGCCCCUGCCGUUGCCACUGUCUCCACCCAGAGAACCGCCAUCAACCACGUAGCCCCUGCUGCAUCUGUUGCCGCUAUUGCUCCUCUUGGAUAUGCUGCUGCACCAAUUGUUCUGACCAAUGGAGUCAUCGCUGGUAACGGAAUCCUAGCCACCGGACAUGGACUUGCUGCACCCCUGGCCAUUGGAAAUGGUCUCCUCGGUGCUCACUACGGACUCGGUGUUGGUCGAUAUGGUCUUGCAAAAGCCAUCCUGUAA